CACCUUUCCCUCCCUCUUUCCUCAUCCCUCCCAGCUUCACUAUCUGAGGAGAGUGUCAUGACCCCAGAUAUGGAGAAUGCUGUGAUCAGCCCCAUCCUCCCUUUCCUUUUUCUUGGCAACGAGAGAGAUGCACAGGAUUUGGAUCUACUGCUUCGUCUCAACAUUGGUUUUGUGGUCAAUAUCACAACCCAUCUUCCCCUCUACCACCUGGACACAGGCUUGGUGCGUUACAAAAGGCUCCCUGCCACUGACAACAGCAAGCAGAACCUGCGACAGUAUUUUGAAGAGGUUUUUGAGUUUAUCGAGGAAGCUCACCAGUGUGGACGGGGCGUUCUAGUGCACUGCCAAGCAGGUGUGUCCCGCUCAGCUACUAUAGUCAUUGCUUACCUGAUGAAGCACACCCUCAUGACCAUGACUGAUGCCUAUAAGUAUGUGCGCAGUCGGCGGCCAAUAGUCUCCCCCAACCUCAACUUCAUGGGCCAGCUGCUAGAGUUUGAGAGA